UCCAGCUUCUGCACAAGACACGAUGGUCUCCAAUAACACGAUGAGCCAACUGCCAGUCCUCACGAAAGUUCGAGUGCUGGGACGCCACUGUCUCCACGUGGAGAUGCCCCACGUGCUGCUUACCAUCAACGCGUUGCUCGACGCCUUCUCGGCUGGCAAGAAGGCUCACGAAGUCUACGAACGCACGGGCAGUUUGCGUCUAAUGCAGUACGUCGCUGCACGAGAACCGAUUGAGGAGAUGGAUCCGUUCUAUCGACGGUAUCAGUUCAAUCGAACGGUGGAGAUCGCCGCUGCCAAUGGGGAUUUAGAGACCGUAAAAUGGCUCAUUGAGAGCCACAACCCCGACUUUCUCUCCAAGGCAGUGGCUGCUGCUGCUGCUAAUGGACACCUUCAUAUUCUGCAGUGGUUGUUCGACACCCAUCGCGAAAUCGGCUACUGGGGCGCUACCGAGAUGUGUGGAGCACUAGAAAACAGCCAAGCAAAAGUAGUAGAGUGGCUUCGUGAGAACGCAGUGCCUCGUAAAGACAGUCUCAAGAAGGUGAUGGAAGCUGCGGCUGCGGCAGGCAACGUAGAAGUCGUUGAGUGGCUAUUCAAGGACUGCCGUGCUAGUGCCGAGGACGCUCUAUGGAGCGCACAGACCAACAAACAGUGGGAAAUGGCAAAGUGGAUCCUUGACAAUUGCGGCAUCGUCGGACCCUGGAUCGACUGGGAUCUUCCAGCUAAGGAUGGAGCCUUGUCAUUCAUGCAAUAUCUGCGGUCUCGGUCGAUUGGCGGCCCGGGAUUCUACACAUUACAAGUCGCUGCGUUGAAUGGACAUGUCGAGGUCGUCGAAUGGCUACACGAUGAACUGCGAGUGCCAUUUUCACCCACGUUGUGGCAUGCAGCAGAUAAUGGCCAUUUGAACGUGAUCCAAUGGAUGCACGACAAUGGAUACAAGCACGGGGGCGCUGCUAUCAUGGACAGCGCUGCGAUGUAUGGCCAACUCGACGUCGUCAAAUGGCUACAUGACAACCGUGAAGAAGGAUGCACCGAACAAGCAAUGGAUGGCGCAGCGACGGAGGGACAUCUCGAGGUCGUGAGAUGGCUACACGAAAGCCGAAGCGAAGGCUGCACCAAUGCUGCGAUGAAUGGAGCUGCUAGCAAAGGCCACUUGGACGUCGUAAAAUGGCUACACUCUCAUCGACACGAGGGAUGCACGCAUGUAGCCAUGGAUUCGGCUGCGGAAAAUGGGUACCUUCACGUGAUCCAGUGGCUCCAGAAGAACAGGAGCGAAGGCUGCACGCCUGCGGCGAUGGAUACAGCAGCAAGCAAAGGACAUCUCGACGUCGUGAGAUGGCUACAUGAGAACCGGAGUGAGGGAUGCACGACGAAAGCUAUGGACAUGGCGGCUGAGAACGGACACUUUGAGGUUGUCAAAUGGCUACAUGAGAACCGAAACGAGGGCUGCACCACCGACGCUAUGGACACUGCAGCCGCGAAUGGCUACUUCGCUAUUGUGAAAUAUCUUCAUGAGAACCGAGACGAGGGAUGCACAGUCGCAGCCUUGACUCGAGCGAUUCUUGGCGCUCACUUUGAAGUGGCGCUGUUUCUGAAGACGCAUCGCUCGGAGGGCUUCGCUCUCAACCGGAAUUCCAUCAUCCGUCUUCCGCUGGAGCUGAUGCAGUGGCUCAUCGCAAAUAACAUGAGCAAUCUACAAGGAUACGAGUUCGAAGUCGAGCGCUGCGACUGGCGAUUCAAUGAAUGGUGUCGCGAGAUCAAACUGCGGAUGGCGCAUCAAAACGAACAGUCCGUGUGGUGGGAGUGCAGCUCGGAGACUGUACGACCCGAAGCACAUUAAGGAAUAACAUUUAUACUAGACAUUUUUUUUUUUAUUCACAAAACACACAUAUUUUUAUUAUUGAGGCACGCCCUUUCAGAAUCGACUUUCACAGGG